GGUGCUUUAUCCAAAUGCAACCUUUAGGUGGAGCCGACUUGCUAGAUAACGCCAAAGUUAUGAGAGCUUUCAUGGAGGUCAAUAUCGUUUCCAGAACUCGUUGGUGGCCGGUCGUGUGUGAUGCCCUAAAAUGUAUUUUUAAACGAAACACCGCACGUGAAGGGAGAAACCAACAAAAAUGAUGGCGUAGCUGGGUCACGUUUAGUAUGGAGUUGAUCAACUUAGGACGCGGGUUGAAGAGUAAAAGCGCUGGAGCCCCUGGGGCCGUCUUUGAGCCAGAGCAGAUAAAACGCUUCCGAAAUUAUGCUCCGGCCGGCACUAGUUCUACGGGAUAGCCAGAAAAUCAAAGCCAUUAUUUACACUUUCACUCAUUUCAACGGUGCAGCAUUGGAAAUGUGGGCAAUUGGAAACAAAACAGGAAUUAGAUCAUGUCCGGUUUCCUCCGUAGCCACUCCGUAUUGCUUCUGCUUCUUUCCCUUCCAGGACGCCUCAAUAAGUUUAUUCGCCAUUACGAACCAUUGUGGCUUCCUCUCGAACCAUCUGACGUGCUGUUCAGGAACAAGCGUUCUGUGCAUUCCCCUGACGCUAGCAUCCGUUUCGUUGCUUUCGGAAGGGAAUUCCAUCUGGUUCUGUGGCGAGAUGCAUCCGUGUUCGCCAAACACUUCAUGACCAUCACCCCAGUCGGGACAGUUGACGUGGACAUUUCUCACAUACAUUCCGGCAAGAUCGCAGGCUGCCCAGGAAGUCGGGCGUUUGGCUCCGUGAGGCAUGGCACCUUCGAAGGGUAUAUCGAGACAGGCGAUGGUUCCGAGUACUACGUGGAGCCCGGUUGGAAGUACUUCGAUGGUGGCGCGAACUUCUCGGUCAUCUACUCAGCGCUCGAUGUGGAAAUACCACCUGAAGUAGCAUCGACUUUCGGCUGCGGUGUAGACAAGCUCCACGUCCACGAUACUGCUCCCACUCCCGAAAAACUUCAUCGACGAUAUAAACGGGGAUCGGACUAUAUCGAAGUGGAUGCGAAACCAAUCAUGGACGGACACUCCAAGAAACCCAGGACAGUGACGAAAGAAAGUCUCUCUCGUCGACUGUGUAACCUUGAGGUGACAAUCGACCAUACUUUAUACAAGCUGUAUAUGGCUGGAGGCGCCGACGACACUUCUGUCCGCGAGCGCAUCACCACCACCCUCGCGAACCAUGUGGAUGCCAUCACCAGAAUUUACUCCAAUACUAAUUUCGGUGGCGUCCUCGGUAUCAGCUUCAAAGUGCACGCAUUGAUUAUCAACAGUACCAAGUCAUGUGAGGGCAGUGUAAAAGACAGUAACCCUUUCUGCGACGAUACCUUGGACGCCAACUUGAUGCUCGAGCGGUUUUCGAGGCAAAACCACAACCAGUUCUGCUUGGCAUUUCUCUGGAGCUUCCGGGACUUCAGCCAGGGAACGCUUGGACUGGCUUACGUCGGAAGCGCCGGGUACCAAGCUGGUGGAAUCUGUGAAAAGUACCGGAAGAUGCACUUCAAGGACGGCGUCCGGACGGUGGGGUUGAACACGGGAAUUAUGACGUUCCUUAACUACGGCAGCGUUGUUCCUCAGAGGGUCAGCCACAUAACAUUUGCCCACGAGGUGGGCCAUAACUUCGGCUCUCCUCACGAUGCGUCUGCAGAGUGUGCUCCGGGCAAACCUAAAGGCAACUACAUCAUGUACCCACGAGCCACACCUGGAACUGAGGAGAACAACUGCAAGUUCUCGCCCUGCAGUGUUCGACUGAUGGCCGGAGUUAUCCAUGCCGUGCUUCACGAAGAAUUCGGCAAGGAGAAUUGUUUCCUUGAGAGCGAAGGGCCCCUAUGCGGAAAUAACAUUCGCGAGGGGGAGGAAGAAUGCGACUGCGGAUUCACAGGAGACGAGUGCACAGACCCUUGCUGCUAUGCCCAAGUGAACAAAGACAAGAAGGCCGGUUGCAAACUACGACCCAAUGCAAUGUGCAGCCCCACUGCAGGUGCAUGUUGCAGCACAACAUGUACUUUCAUGGACCAAAAUCACAAGUGCUCGGAGGAAGACGAAUGUAAUUUAAGCUCCACUUGCAACAGCGUCUCUGCCCAGUGUACACCUAGACAGCCGAAGGCCGACUUUACUGAAUGCAACAAGGGCACGCAAGUGUGCCUCAAAGGUCAUUGCGAAGGUUCCAUCUGCCAGAAGUACGGUUACGAAGACUGCCAGCUGACUGGAAGUCAACACUCACUGAGCCAGUUAUGUCAUAUUUAUUGCCGAAGUCCUUCAAAUGAUACCGACGUGCAGUGCAUCAACCCAUGUGACGUGUCAGCGUUGAAACCCCUCUGUGACGCGAAACGACAACCGGGGGCACCUUGUGACAACAACAAUGGAUACUGCGACGUCUUCCUGAAAUGCAGACAUAUCAAUGAAGAGGGUCCCCUCACGAGGUUACAGUCCAUAUUCUUCAGGCAUGGCGCCAUUCGUCGCUGGAUCGAGGAACAUAUGAUGUUAGCUAUCGCCAUUGGUGUUGCUUCCAUCCUUGGCGUAGCGCUGUUCAUCAAAUGCUGCGCCGUUAUUACACCCAGCAACAAUCCGGUGCUCCGCCCGGCCAGAACAUUUAAGGACGCCAUGACGAAGUUUUAAUAUACGGUGUCCCUUCCACAACCAGCAGACGCAUUUCUACCCUGCUAUGAACCAGCGAUCAUCUCCAGUCAACAUGACACAGAACAA